AUGGGACGAUUAUUUGAAGCAGUUUGUGAAGAGAAGAAAGACACGUGCCUUCGAAAUAUUGAACAUGUGGGUGUAUUUUCUGAUACUGCGAAAAACAGUUGUCGAUCCAUUGCAGUACCUUUUCAAUUUCCGUUUACCUCGUUUCCCAAAUUGAAAUACAUGACUCUGCGUUUUCUAGGGACUAAGGUCGUUCAUUUCUCCCAGCCCAAUCCUAUCGUUCUGAAUCAUAUUGAGUUUAUUGGAAAGCAUGCCGGACCACGCCCCUUUAGCCAUGGACAAUAUGAUUUUAUUACCAAAAGAAGUGACGAAUUUGUUGAACAUGUUCUCUCAGUCGUGAGACAAUUUCCAAAACAAUACCUUAGAGUUGAACCAUAUAUUUUGGCUCUGCUAAAAGUGUUCAAGUUUGACCAAGCUCGUUAUUUGAUUGAAAACUUUAACAUUGAUGAAGACUAUUUUUCAUAUGUGUGGAAUAUUGCAAACGUGGAAACGUAUCAACAUUAUUCGCUAGAUCAAUACCGUACAUCCAUAUCCCUUUUAGCUCAAAUCAAGCAAAAGUGUAAAGGAGUAGUCAUCAAACGAUCACCAGGACAUAUGCCAAAUUUAACCAUUUCAUUCCUUACAUUUAUCAGUGACAAUCAACUCACAGAUCUGUUGAAAUCAUUAACCAACAAGUAUGGUAUUUAUAUUGGAUUUGAGUAUAUCAAUAAGCAACAAGAAUCAGAACCAUUUUCAUGCAAAAAAUUAGUAUUGGUUUCAGUGCAGAGUAUUUUGAAAGAGUUUCAAGGAAAUCAAGAGGUUCUGGAAUUUCGUUUGAACCGAACAGAAUUUCCAGUAUUAAAGAAACGAGGAGAAAUAGAUGACCAAUUCGAGGAAGGAGAUGAUUUGUCCUAUUUCCUUGUGAAACGUUUAUUGAGAACAAAAAUCGAUCCUUUGACUCCAUUUAUUGCUUUCAUGUUGAAUAAGGGGUUACACCUUCAAUAUACGAGAAAUCAGGCAGGAAAAACGGCUUUUGAUAUUUUGAAAGAGCAUGUGGUUCGUUGGACCUCAAACUUUCCGAAACAACUUCUCAAAGAUCUCAAGAGACCUGUAAACAGCAAAGCCAAUCACAAAUUUACCAUUACAGUGAAAGGAAAUAAUGUUGAGACAAUUGAAAGAGGCGACGAUUUUGUUGUGCAAAAAAGAGAAUACCAUACAUCCCAAAUUGGAAAUGAAAAAGUGUUAUCUUUGAGAAACUGA